AUGUCUACAGCACGCGCGAACACUCAAAUUAUCGCGAAAUCGAAGAACCAAUACUCAAAGGGUUUGAAAACAAUCGACAUGCGAUACAAAUUCACCAUGUGCAUCCAACAGUCCCGGGUGCCGCAAUGCAUUACUAUCAAGAAUAUAGUGAAAAAGAUCGUCCAGCGUACUGGUCUACAGCGAUCGGAGAGACUAAAGGAAAUCGAGAAUGCGACACCUCCAUAUAAUGAGUCAGAGAAAUCGGUUUCUCCCGCCACCGUGUGUGAAAGCAGAAAGCAGGAGACUGCGCAGCAGAAAAAGGCGACGAAGCAAGUCAAGAUCGAGAGGGAGCAGCAGGCAGCGCGAGAGAAGAAGGCGGCGAAGCAAGUCAAGGUCGAGAGGGAGCAGCAGGCGGCGCGAGACAAGAGGGCGGAGAAGCAAGUCAAGGUCGAGUGGGAGCAGCAGGCAGCGCGAGAGAAGAGCAUCGAAGCGACCCAAGGUCGCGAAGGAAUGGGCCGGAGAUCUUCCUGGGCAAAACUCUUGCCAUGCCUAGGGUGA